GGGCGGCGGGGACCGGGGCGGGACCGACACCGGGGCCGGGGGGAAGGGAAAGGAACGGAAGGAGCCGCAGCCCGGCGGGCGCCGCAGCGCAGCGCAUCCCGGUGCAGCGCAGCGCAUCCCGGUGCAGCGCAUCCCGUGCGUCGCCGCGCAGCGCCGAAGGGCUGACCACCGGGAAUAAGGAGGCAGCAACAGCAGCGUGGAACCCCACAAACUCCCUCUGUGAUCCCCAGAACCCAAUGCCUGCUGUGCUGCCUCCUGCUGAGCCCCCGCUGCCCCCCACCCUCACCUGAGCCCUGGCACUUGUGCCGCAGCCCUGCCCAGCCUGCAUCACCUCGCCCCGCUCACGGGGCCCACUGCAAGGCAAAACUCACACUGUGCCAUGGACUCCAUGUUCGAGGACGACAUCAGCAUCCUGACACCAGAGGCUUUGGGGCCGGAUGAAGACUGGCUGGACAGCCCCAACACCGACCUGUCGGGGGAGAUGUGCUCCGCGUCCCAUUUCGCCCUCAUCACUGCAUACGAUGACAUCAAGAACCGCCUGAGCGGGCUGGAGAGGGAGAACUCCACGCUCAAACGGCGCCUGAAGAUGUAUGAGGUCAAGUGCCCGCUGCUCGGCGAGUUCGGAGAGGAGCACAUCUUCUCCAUCUAUGAGGCCAAGGAGACGUCGCUGCUCAAGAGUGAGAAGGCAUCGCUGCAGCAGCAGCUCAACCAGUUCCAGCACGAGCUGGAGAAGAGCAAAGAGCGCGAGGAGCAGCUGGAUGAGAUGAUCCAGGCCUAUGAGAAGCUGUGUGUGGAGAAGGCAGACCUGGAGUCAGAGCUGGGCGAGAUGCGGGCGCUGGUGGAGACGCACCUGAGCCGCAUCCGGAGCCUGGAGCAGCAGCUGCGGCAGCGCGAGAGCAACCCUUUCCCUGGGGUUGGCCAGGAGGUGCCUUUUCUCUCCCUGCACCCCAACCCUGGCCUCAGCCACGUGCUGGAGCGCCCGGGGGGGUGGCCGAGCCGUGGGCUGGAGGCUGAGCUGGAGGCAGCGCGGCAGGAGGCGCAGCGUGCGCAGCACCGCGAGGAGCACCUGAAGGCUGAGUGUGAGCGGCUGCAGCUGGAGCUGAAGCACCUGCAGGACAGCCGGCAGCAGGAGCAGUCAGAGCGGGACAUGGCCUGGGUGAAGAAAAUGGGCGAUGACCAGGUGAACCUGGCGCUGGCCUACACGGAGCUGACGGAGGAGCUGUGCCGCCUGCGCAACCUCAGCUCCCUGCAGAGCCAGAUCCUGCGUGCGCUGCUGCAGGAGAAGAGCCUCAACGGUGGUCAGCGCCAUUCUCCUCUGUCUCAGUGCCAUUCCCCAGCCCAGCAGCGCCGCUCGCCCGCCCCUCAGUGCCCCUCGCCCGCUCCCGGCCGCCCUCCGGCCCCUCAAUGCCAAUCCCCGGCGCUGCAGCGGCGCUCACCGGCCCCUCAGUGCCAAUCUCCAGCCCAGCAGCGCCGUUCACCCGCCCCGGGACCCUGCCAGUCUCCGGCCCAGCAGCGCCGUUCGCCCGUGCCCCCCUCCAGCCCCUCGCCCGCCCCGCAGCGCCGCUCCCCGGCCCCACCUCCGUGCCCGUCCCCGGCGUCGGCGUCUCCGCACCGCCUGCCCGGCGAGAGGAUGGAGCUGGGCUACGCCAAACCCUCCAGCCGCCACAUCAAGGCCGGCUUCCAGGGCCGUCGCAGCUACUCGGAGGUGACCAACGUGGCCCCGUACCAGCAGAGCCGCGCGCUCUGGCUGCAGCCCGAAGCUUCCACGCUCCCCAAGCACCGGCCCUACGGUGAGGUGUACCUGGGGGGGGCGGGGGCGCCGCUGAGCGCCCGGGAGCCCUUCGAGGAGCACCUGCGCUUUGAGAAGCAGUCAUCAGAUGAGGAGGACUGGGCGGACCCCGGACCCUCCAGCCCCGAGGCCGGGGCCGUGCGCUGUGCCUCCUUCUGUGCCGGAUUCCCCAUCCCUGACCGGACGGCUGCUGCCUAUGCCAGAGCUGAGCACGCCCAGUCCUGGCCCUCUAUCAAUCUGCUGCUGGAGACGGUGGACUCGGAGAUCCGGAGCUGCCCUCUGUGCCAGCUGGCUUUCCCCAUCGGUUACCCGGACGAUGCUUUGAUAAAGCACAUCGAUUCGCACCUGGAGAACAGCAAGAUCUGAGGCUGCCCCCCACCCGCGGGCUGCCCCCUCCCCUCUUUGGAUGCUGCAUGAGAACUGGUGGAGCAGCACGGCUCCGAAUUACCUCCAGAUGUGCAGCAGCUGUGGAAGGACCGAGCCCAGGGGAGCCGUGUGCCCCCCUGUGUUUAGGUGGGUUUCCCCGCUCGCCCCCUCUCUGCAUCCCAGGCACAGUUGGUUGCUUCACCCGGGAUGCUCAGGGUUGGGGCCGGGGACCCCCCCCCACACACACACACCGUUGGGUUUCUCUGCUUGAUCUCAGGGAGGAUUUGAGGGACCGGGUCCUGGAUCCGGCCCCCAGACAGCAGUGAGGAGAGGGCUGCCCUCCCUGGGCUCCUGGGGUCAGAGUUGGUUCAGGGUUGGGGGGGGGCUGCUUGUUCUCGCUCCCCCACCUCUUCCCACCGGUUCAAGCACCUUUCUGAUCUUUUACAUGAAAAGCAUCCCCCCCCCCCCCCCCCCAACCCUCUCCUACCCCCCACUUCUCCCUUCUCCCCACAACGAUGCUGCUGAGAAACAAAACCCGUAUGGCCGCGGCGCAGCAUGGCCGUCCCGCACCGCUGCACCGAGCCCCGCAGCCAUCGGCCCCCCCCACCC